CUUUAGACUCUGACAGUACAGUUGAUGUUCAGUUUCAUGAAGUGGAGCACAUUAACUGUGUGAAAUAACGGGUUGUCUGUGUAGGUCCAGUCAUGUUGGUGUGUGUUAUUGUGUCGUUCCUUGUCCUUGUGCUCUCCGUGCCCCAGUCACCGUGUCGUCACUGUUGUGAUGAUGACUUUCUGUCAGACAAGGCCCUCACAACACUUCCACCAGCCAUGCCUGAGAUACACACAUACAUCAACAUGACCAUCUUCAUAGGUGAUAAAGGGCAAUAGGGUGAAAAGGGAACACCAGGAAAGCCUGAGGUAGAAGCUCACGGAGCACCAGGUCCUGAAGGCUCCAAAGGCUCUAAAGGUCAAGUGGGAGCACCUGGUACUCCAUGCAAGUCGAAGCAGUCUGCGUUCUCAGUGCGUCGACGCAAAGCCCUCCCCAGCAUAGACUCGUACCAGGUGAUUCUCUAUGACACAGUCUUCGUCAACUCACCUGGCCAUUUUGACAUGUUCUCCACCAAGUUCCGCUGCAGCGUUCCCGGCAUGUACUGCUUCAAUGUACAUGUGCACAUGUGGAACUUCAAGGAGACCUUCAAGGAGCGCACUCUGGUGUACACUUAGCCCGAGGAGCGCUCUAUCAUGCAGAGCCAGAGCAUCCUGCUGCACCUGCGGCUCCAUGACCAAUUGUGGGUGCGUCUGCACAAGCGUGAGAACGCCAUCUACAGUGAUGAUCUGGACAUCUACAGUGAUGAAUUGGACAUCUACAUCACUUUCAGCGGCUACAUCACAUCAUCCAACAAGGCCUAA